AUGUUGCAACUCAAUACCGACUGCCAGAGACGAGUACUUAACUACAUCAACACUCGAAGCGACCUAAAAUCACUAUGUCUGGUGUCAAAGGAACUCAACCAACUCGCUCUGGAAAAGCUCUACAAGCACAUCGAUAUUCGCCUGUUCAGCAAAAACAACACUAGCUAUGUCCUUGGACUACUGAAGAACGUAAAAGAAAACCUCCAGUAUACCAGAGAACUCGUCGUAGAAGAUGAGUGCAUCGCCGAGGAAACGACGUCUGUAAAUUACGGUACCGUUGGACUACCUGACCUUAAGUGUUGGGUCGGCGCUUCUGGCACUGCGGAUGUUGAACCUGCAAGUUUCCUCGCUCGACGAUCACUACCGUGGUGGCUGCACAAGAAGCUCACAUCGAACCAGAGAAAUAUCACAGACCUCCAAGUCAGUCUUACUGUUGAUCUCUACUCGAACACUAUAAACGAACUACCAGUACUGUGUCAACGCGAAAACGAUUUGAAACGACUGGACAUGUAUAUCGUCGAUGGGUCGUCACUCAACGGCCUUUUACUCGAGUAUUUUCAAGCCAUCGGAAGAAACCUGCAAUUCCUGUCUCUGAGCGCCCACAUUGGCACUGACGUUUCCAAGCUGCUCUGGAACCACGUCUGGGAACCAAAUCAGCCCAAACUUCCAUUGAAAGAACUCAGAUUGACUGGCUUGAGGUUGACGCACAUGUACAGUUCCUUGUCUACAAUCAUCGAUUUCGGUAAGCUGCUUAAACUCGACCUAGUAGAAUGCGCCGGAUGCUUCAAAUUUGUAUCCGACAUAACAGGUGCAGUGCCAAAGCGGCAGUUUGACCUUACGCACGUUGCCUUGAACGAACUUUUGUCUUCAACUGCCACCGUCGAACCUGAAGACGAGCGUAACAUACAUUUAGUCAAAUUUCUGAAAGCAUGUCCGAACUUGUGCAGUCUCCACUUCGGCCAUUGGACUCUCGACCCUCUGCCCCCAGACUCCAUCCGGCACCUAACGAAACUCCGCACCCUCCACGUCCACCGCUCUCUCAUCGAAAUGGUCGGCGGCCUUGGCCACAGCUACAGCAGCCGAUGGGACAUAGGCAUCAUCUCCAUGCAGGUACAAAAGUUCGCCAACCUGAUGUUCGGCGAACUAUACCAGAACCCGAAUUUCAAACUCGAAACACUCAUUGUGGGUCAUUUAGGUCCUCUCUUGCGUAAAAGCAAUGUUAUCGAGCUGGACAACGGUCUUUCGGUCAACUCGGAGCAUUACCUCCCGCAGUUUUGCUUCGUGAGGAAUCGUCAGCAAGACCUUUUGGGAAGAACUGCGACGGCGGGUGUUCCGGUGAGUAGGGCUGUAUUGAGAAGGACACAUGAUCAUACGAGUAUUUUGGAUGUGGAUGCUGGGGUGGAGGCGUGGAAGCAGUGGGUUGGUCAAGCUACCUAGUGCUUGGGGAGAUUGAAUCUGCUGUUGCUUUGGUGAACACGCUGACGCGAAACCAC